AUGGUCCAGGACGCGGCAUUGACGCCUUUCUUCUCUCCGCUCCUCCUCUCCCACUCCUCCCCGCUCCUCCGGUUCCGCUCCUCCGUCCUCUCCUCCUCCACCUCUCCAUCCUCCGCCGCUGCGCGCCAAGCCGCUUCAAACAGCACCGCCGGCACCGGAAAUGCCCCUUGCUUCGCACUUGGCGCCGUAGCUGUAGCGCACGAUGCGCGAAGCGGGAGCGGCGGAGAUGGCGGAGAGACGAGCGGCGGAGAUGGCAGUUGGAAGAGCGGCGAGGAGGAACAGUGGAACGAAGAGCGUGACGUGCAGAAUCUGGCGCAGUUAUCGCGCUACACGGAGGCACUGGAAGCGAGGCGCUGGCGGAAUCAGUCAGACGUGGCUGUGGCGAGUGCGCUUGAGACGGAGGCGCGGCAGUGGAGGCAACGAACCUACCAGCAGCGAGGAUUCCUCUACGAGUUCAGCGCCUACCGCGUCAGCCCCUCUCGCUUCGUCGUACUCGCUAUAAGCGGCCUCAAUUUCACGUGGGUGACGGACGGGGAGGGCUGCAGAUGGGUGGGGCGAGACGGCAGCAGAGUGAACGGUUCAGUGUGGUACAGAGACUUCAUGCACCCCAAAACUCAGACUGACUCGCUAGCGGCGUUCUGCCAGCUGUGGGGCAACACGUCCCGGGCAGGCGGCUACCUGGUGAUGACUAUGGAUGGCGUGGAAGCUGCCGUCUUCAACGAACGCCCGGGACAGCCUCUGGAACCACCACCGGACGCCUCCCUCCCAGUCCACCUCACGUGGUGCUCACAGCCGCUCUACGGCACGCUAGAUGCGGGCAGGGUGUGGGUAUGGGCGGAGUACCACCGCGUGCAUGCCAACGUCUCCCGCUUCAUAUUCUACGACAUGGCGGCGUGGACUCCUGCCCUCACGGCGCUCUUCACGCCGUACUUUGCUGCGGGUGUUGCUGCUGUUACGGACAUGUCGGCAGGGCGGCGUUUUGGGUUUCUUGCGGGAGUGGAGUUGCUCUACUUUACAACCAAGCACCAGACCCUAGCCAGCAACGACUGCAUAUACCGGUCGCUCUUCACAUCCCGCUGGGUCACUCUGCACGACACAGACGAGUACCUCGCGCCCGUCCCGCCGCACUCCCUGCCCUCGCUGCUCGCCGCGCACGCCCACGCCCCCUGGCUCUCCCACGGCGCUUUCGCCGUCAAGCCCUCUGUAUGCGAAGGGGAAGGGGGGGAGGACGCACCCGCACCUGCUGAGGCUGCUACGGUGGAGCCUGCUGACUCUGGUGGUGGUGUGGGUGGUGGGUCUGCUGCAGUGGAGGCUGCUGGUGGUGGUGGUGGUGGUGGUGGUGGUGGUGGUGGUGAUAUCCGGGGGGCUGGAGCGGCAGUGAACGCCAGAAGUAGGCAUGAGGAGACAGCACUGGGAGCAGCAGGGAAUGGCACGGAGGGUGGUGAGACGCAGUGGGUUGAAGCUGCAGGGACGGAGGCGAAGAGACGUGCCGUGCAGCUGCUAUCGCGAAUGGUGUUCCGGCACCCAGACGUGUGGUGCUUGCGCGACAGGGCCGAGGGGCAGCGGAUCGACUCAGACCUGUGUGAGGACUGGCGCGGCCACCGGAAACUGAUUGUCAACCCGCGCAAGGUGAGACGCGCUCACAGGCUCUUCCCUCCUAGGUGCCUCAUUCCCUCACUCUCCAGUGCUUCCUCUGAGAAGCCUCGUCUCGGGUUUGGGACAGCGGAUGGAGUUAGAGCUACGGAGGUUAUGUCAAUCCACAUCGCACGGGAGCCACAGAAGGGCGGAGUAGUGCUCAACGCAGCAACGGAGCUACGGCAUUUCCAUUUUUCUGGAGUGGUCAACCCGGUCAACGCACACUGCCAAACUCUAGUGCCGCCCGGCGAGUCCCACGUGUGGUUUGUGCGGGACACCACUGUUGCUGACAAGCUACGGCUUCUAGUCAACUCUUCUGCCCCUCAACCUGAACCCUGA